AGUGACAACAAUCUUUUUUUCCAAUAUCCAUUUUACAAUCGAAAUUCGAAACAAAGUUAAGAACUAAUAUUUAUGUGAUUUUGUUUGCAAUUGCAUUAACGAUUUAGUGUAGAUAUCCAAAGUUCCAGAUAUCAAAAAACUUAAUGUAUUAUAAAGUAUAAUAAGUGUGAGUCAUCGGUGCAUUGAAUUAAGUGCUUUAUGAGUAGUGUUAAUUAUGUGAUACCUGUCCUUUCACUGCUGCUGUAUUACAACACCAAUAAUGAGUCGUUUUACUUCUGAUGGGUUUUUAUAUACACUGUCAUCAAAUUCCUCAAACGGAACCGAUGACGAAGGUUGUAUGUUAUGGAAUUCAACACAAAAUGUGAUAAUUACUGGAGCAUACAAUGGAAUUCCUCAGACCUUGAUUUUAAAUGUCAUAUCUUGGGUUUGUUUAAUUUUAUUAUUCUCUGUAUUGCGCCGUACAGCAUGGAAUUAUGGACGUAUGGCACUGGUGCAACGAUCAAAGAAUCGUUGGACGAACCUUUUCUACCGUGGCGGCGAUGAUGACGCGCUUGUUGAUCGCCGUCGCAACACCGAUGAGUCGCUCAGUAUUGAUGAAGGUUUCUUCACGUGGCUUCCGGCUGUAUUCCGUCUCACCCGCGAACAAGUGCUUGCAAAGUGUGGCCCAGAUGCUGUACAUUAUCUUUCAUUCCAACGCCAUGCUAUAACACUUAUGUUUAUUGUCACUUUAGUUUCUAUUGGUAUUAUUUUGCCAAUAAACUUUCAAGGAACAAAUUUGCAAGUAGAUGCAAGCACCUUCAGUAGAACAACAUUGUCUAACCUUACAGGUACAUCUUAUUGGCUAUGGGUUCAUACAUUGAUAAGCAUCUCAUUCUUGCCAGUAUCUGUAUUGAUAAUGAGAAGAUGCACAGGAAGAAAACCUGUUCCUACAUCCAUGACAGGAACAAUAAUGAUAACAAAUAUCUCCAGAGCAGAUAGAAAUGAAGCAACAAUAAGAGCUUACUUUGCCCACAAUUUCCCACAUAUACAAAUUGUAGACCUAAAAUUGGCAUUCAAUGUAAAUAAACUAAUUGAUGUACAAGAGAGGAAAGAAAUGGUUUCUGAAGCUUUAGUUUACACAGACACCUAUUUUAAGAAAACCGGGAAAAGAAUAACAGUCCGCCCCCAACUCUGUGGACCAGAUGUUGAUGCCCUUGAGUACUACACAAAUGAAGAAAAACGUUUGAAGGAUGAAUCAAAAAGGUGUAGGGCCAUAGUACUCAAUGAUCCGUUGGGUAUAGCUUUCUUAACUUUACCUUCUUAUCAAUUAGCUGAGCAUGUUAUUACCAAUUUUAGUUUGCAUCGAGGAUGGGUUCUGAGUCAUGCAACAAAUCCAUCUGACAUAAUUUGGGAGAACCUUAGUGUUCAGCCAGGAGUGUGGUAUGUCAAGGCCAUUGCUGUUAAUUUUUGCCUUUUUAUUGUUUUGUUCUUUUUGACUACUCCAGCUUUUAUUGUAAAUUUAGUGAAGAAUGUUUUAGUUAAACCAGAGUCUGUGAGCAAAUUUAGUAGCCUUAUUUUAGAUUUUCUCCCUACUUUAUUGCUCUGGACUAUGGCAGCUGUGAUGCCUGCACUGGUUUCCUUCUCCGAUAAAUUUUUAUCCCAUUGGACAAGAUCACAGCAGAAUUAUUCUAUAAUGACAAAAACAGUAACAUAUCUUCUCCUCAUGACUUUAAUAUUACCUUCCUUGGGAUUGGCUAGUGCAGAUGCUUUAUUCCGCUGGACAUUGCACCACGUCAAUCAGACAAUGCGCUGGGAUUGCGUGUUUUUACCCGAUAAAGGCGCAUUCUUUGUAAAUUAUGUAAUAACCUCAGGGUUCAUCGGCACUUCACUUGAACUGGUUCGCUUUCCUGAACUAUUUCUUUAUGUAUGGUAUCUUAUGCAAUCGAAAUCAAAAGCUGAAAAAAGUUACGUAAAAAAAGCGAUUUUGUACGAAUUCCCAUUCGGAGUUCAUUACGCUUGGAGUCUAGCAAUCUUUUCUAUAACAAUGGUGUACAGUCUUGCGUGUCCUUUGGUUUCUCCAUUUGGACUAAUUUACUUUAUUUUGAAACACAUUGGCGACAAACAUAAUUUGUACUUUGCUUAUGGUCCAAGUGACAUGAGUGGUGUUGGCGGAGGUCGUAUUCAUUCGACAGCCGUGCGACUUAUACGAAUAUCAGUGUUACUUUUGCUUAUUAAUAUGGCUGCGUGGGCAGGUUUGCGAGCAGGCUUCGAAGCUCGUACAAUAAUUCUAAUAAUGGCAUCUAUUGUAACAUUUGGAACGUUUUUAUUGCUUAGCCCAUUCCCUAGUUGCACACCACCAGCACCUCUGCAAGAAGAAUCCAGUGUCACCCCUAAGGAAUACGUGGCUCCCGUACUAUUACGACCGGUUGAUACAACCCCUGUCUCAACGCCAUCUACUCCAGAUUAUGGAGCUUCCUCUCCAGUAGUGAAUCUUGCCUAUAACCCAGAUACCAUAAAUAUAUAAUAUGUAAGUAAUAAUAAUUGGUAUAGAUCAUUUAUCGCGAGUCGUCAUAUCGUCUAAUAUACCAAAUAUCAUGAUAACUUAUAAUGAUAGCCACAUGUUUAAAACGAAAUGUGAAUUGGAGAUUAAGUGUUUAAAAAUAUAAUAAUGCAAUAUUUUUAUAUCUAAUAACUAAGUAAAUGCAUAAUAUUCACGUUCAUGAAGAUCUUAAAUGUUCCAACACAUCUCUAUUAGUUAAUAUUUAGUUUUUAAAUUUGUAACACCAAACAAUGCAUACCUAAUUUUAUAAUGUUUUUUAUGAGAUUGUAUAUGAAGUAUCUCUACAUAAACUAAGUCAUUAAAUUCACAAUAAACAUUCCAUUAGUAAUCAAAAUCGUUUGGAAUUCAAUUUGAAUUUAAAUUAAUUAGAUGCAAUUUAUUGACACUAAUAAAUAUCAGUAUAUCACUCAUCAUCUUUAGCACUAUUCAGCAAUUUCAAGAAUAAGUAUGUAUUGAUUCCAGAAAUACUAGUCGUCUACAUAAUUACUUAAUUAUUGAUAAGUUGUAUUUUAUAGAUUAUUCCGCAUAUCCAUGAUAAAAUAUUCACUAGUGUUUUUGUAUGGAAAUUAAAGUGUCUGCCUGUUUUAUCAACCGCCUCCAUGAAGUAUUAAACUACAAUCUAAAUUCAUUUCAAAAAAGAUAUCAGCUAAAGUAGUUCCAUUUGAUUUUAACUUAGGCCAAUUUUAUUAUAAUUUGAAUGAAUAAAAUGUUUUUUAAAUAUAAGUUUUUUAUAACAAUCCUAGUCCAGAUUAAUCAAAUGUAUAUAUGAAUUUGGAUUGUUUGAUUUUUUGUAAAAUUUUAUUUAACAAUCUGGCAGUCUAUUUUCUUGCUUUAUUCAAUCCUUUGUUUUGUUUUGUACAGAGUAUAUUAUAUUAUUUGUCGCAUUCGUUAUAGUA